AUGGCAUCCAAUAUCAACAAGAAUGAUACUACUGAACAGAAUCAACAAUCAAUCGAGAACAGCAUAGGUGGUAGGUUGGAUUCAUCAUGCAAGUCGAGUCGGAGCUGGGGGCGUUCGCGAGCUCGACCGGGUUACCAGGACGGUGCCCCUGCACUAGUUGAGCCUCUCACAGAGGAAAAAUACCAGUCGCUCACACGAAUAGGUAACCAGAGAGCUGCAAAUAGGAUAUGUCGGCCAAGACGGUUCACCUAUACACGAGAAGAGAAGCUUUCCGCGAUUCACUAUUGCCGGAAGGUCACAUCGCAAAACAAUAAACCCAGGACCUGGCAUCCAAUUGCCCUUGAAGAAGCAGCUCGAAAGCUUUCAAUCGAUGAGACGUUAUUAAACCGGUGGAUUCACGAUGAGGUCCAGAUAGCCGCCAUGCCCCCUGGAUCUAAAAGGGUCGAUAAACGUCCUAGGGUUCUGGCAGAGCAAGUAUCAGCACCACAGGAAGCUACAGGAGACAGGGUAUCUGGCGAUGAGGGUUCAGUUGCUGAUGAGGGUUCAGUCGACUAUGAGAGCUCCUCCACACAGCUGAGGGAAUCGUUGAUUUUGACAGCAUCUAAUCAUAGGCUCCAUUCGUUCCGACACCCUGUUCCAUUUAUUGGCAUCGAAACGGGGAGGUUGGGAAAGCUGUAUACAUUUGAAGAUGCAUAUACCUUUUUGGGUUGUCAGAAUAUCAACUCCCACCCAGGCCAUCCUCUUCCACCUACCGUGUCUGGCUUACCGUUAAACGGGCGACCUUCGCUAAAUAUCCAUGAUGAGAGCACAUACACGAGCAGGGAAGGUGAAAGCAAGAGUUCUAUCUCUAGAGUUGUCGAUGUCAAUAAGCAACUCUAUGAACUUGCUCCGGAUGUCGAUAUACGAGCGCCAAGGGGUGGUUACACGGGCUCCCAUGUGUCAGUUAGACCCUGUUAUGAGGAAGUUAAGCACUGCGUUGAAUUGAUUCGCCAAAGCAUAGCCGCUUCAAGUAGUAAGGUGGCUUCAGCCCUCCCUGUGCGCAUUGAGCUGGACUAUGAUUGUCCAUAUCCCGGGGCCCCUACUCAGUGGGCUGUGCUCUUUUCUUUCGGUGAUGACGAGCUACUAUUGCCCUUGGUAUUGUCGUUGUGGGGUUCUCGGACUAUGAAUGCACUUAGGGAAAACAUCCUAUACCUUCAAGGAUGGACAAUUGACCAUGGAACCCGAAUUUCUCUACGAGAAUCCAAGGUAAAAGAGUACUACAAGAAUAUCGAAAGACUCUUCGAAGUGUUCAGGCUUAGUACAGUGCUUCACGUGAUGGAUGUUGAACCGCUCUUCUUACAGGCUAAAAAUCGCUGGCGCUCACGGAGAUAUGCCAGCACAUGGACUCUUUAUACGACUCCAAUCCAUGCACACUCUGGGGGCAAUAGGUUCUACAGUCCUAUUCAAGGAAGAUACAUGAAUAUUGAACUACUAGUGAACAGCAUUCACCAGUGGGGCUCGCGGGUUGUUUUUAUGAAAGAUACCGCCCGAAAGCCUUUUCAGCUUUUGAGGCUAAGCGACUUUACAUUACAUCGGCCUGCACCACAACCGUACGACCACCUCUACCAUACGACAGAGGCGCUAAUCAGGGAUUUGAAGCGCCCACGUAAGAAGGUACCGCUUUCUGAUGAAGUGGAAGAUUUUACUACCAGUGCAGUGAUGCAAGAUGAAGAAGGUAUGUCUACUACGCCAUAUACUAUGCUUCAGUCAAGGGAGCCUGGCAGAGGGACUGAUGCUGACUAUGAUGUGACAGAUUCCAUUGCUGAACUGGGGGAUAUUUCUGAUGCCUCAGAUGCAGAUGAGGCGGACGAGGUCACUGAGGAUAGUAAUAGGCAUCAUUUGGAGAAAAUGCGCGCGAAAGAGCGCUUAUCAAUGCUAAAUACUGUCUUCAAGAAUUAUGCAUUGGUUGAUGGAGAGGAUACAUGCUCGAUAACACCAUGUCCAUUACCACUGCAUCAAUACUCUAGGUAUUGCUCUCACCACACUUCGAGCAUCAUUGAACAUGUAUCAUCAUUGAACGCUGCGGGUGCUAAACUUCCAAUGCCACAAUGGGAUCUUAACCUUACGGAUGAUACAAUGACCGAUGUCAAAGCUCUGUCAACCAGUUAUCACAAGAGUCCUCAGAAUACCUGGGUUAUUGACUUCGAGUACCUCACUGUAGGUGGAGAAAUGUCUCCGAUACCACUCCAGUUUGCUAUUAGGCAACUUGACGGCAAACUGCUGCUUGCACAGAAUGUUAACUAUGACCUGUCUCUUACUGAAUUUCUUGACAAAGUGAACAAUCUGGAAAAUGCGGACAGACACAUACAGGUUCUGUUUGAACGUUGCUACCGUGACACCAUGACGAAUGGAUUGGGGCCAGAUGAGAUCCGGGAUGAAAUACUCCAGAAGCUGAACUACAGUUCAAAAAGAAUUAGUAUCCUUUCAUGGUACAGUCAGCAGGAUAUGCAAUGCUUCCAAAGGGUGCUCACAGGAAGCCGGAAGCUAUUAGUUCCUAAACAAAGCCACCAUCAAUGCUCAAACUUUCAAAACAUUGACGUGGCAAGACUGCUGAAAAAGCUUCUCCCUAAGAACUGGCCCUCCAUGUCUUUGUCCGUGGUUCACACGAGUCUUCUUGCAAGCCAGGGGAGAUCCGGAGCCAAGAGUGGUUAUCACACUGCAGCUUAUGACACAGAGGCUGUGACAGAUAUAGUCAAAGAGAUAGCAACAUUAGUGCAAUUAUUUGUCUGAUAGCUACCUAUGUUAUCGAAUUGUAUCAAGGAUGGCUGGUCCUCUUAGCUAGAUAAAUACAAUCAACUUCAUACCUGAAAAGACUUCACGUGCGAAUUGUGUAGGUUUCAUAUUGCGUGUUGUGGGAAUAGACAAUCGGGGCUAUAACAAUAUAGUAUAGCCAGGGCUGUGGUUCUUGUUGUAUAGCAAAUGAAGCAACCCCAAGUACCUACUUGAAACAAAGAGUCAGUAACGCAUAACAGCCAACAGCUUCAUUGUAGAGUAUGGAUACUAUAUUGAUACAGCCAGGAACACAGUGAAUGCAAAGACUCUUUGUCUACUAUACUCACAACAAUGGGGCUAUUUAUGCUGUCGAACAUCCUUCGAGGUUGCAAUAUAGGGAAUAACCAGAGGUAGUCAAUCCAAGCUAUUCAACAACCGAGAGAGAGUAUUGAUCAUUCUGGAGUAUUUCCGAAAUCUCCGCACUCCAAAACCUUAUCAAUCUUAUCUCCGCCAUUUCGUCGAACCACACCACAUCAAAACAAC